CCCGGACGGGGCCGGGGGCGGGCGCGGCCAUGCUGCAGCUGCGGGACUCGGUGGACUCCGCGGGCACGAGCCCCACGGCCGUGCUGGCGGCCGGCGAGGAGGUCGGGGCGAGCGGCGGCCCGGGCGGGGGGCGCCCGGGGGCCGGCUCGCCUCUGCGCCAGACGCUGUGGCCGCUGAGCGUCCACGACCCCACGCGCCGCGCCCGCGUCAAGGAGUACUUCGUGUUCCGGCCCGGCACCAUCGAGCAGGCGGUGGAGGAGAUCCGCGUGGUGGUCCGGCCCGUGGAGGACGGCGACAUCCAGGGAGUGUGGCUGCUGACCGAGGUGGACCACUGGAACAACGAGAAGGAGCGGCUGGUGCUGGUCACGCAGCGGUCGCUGCUCGUCUGUAAGUACGACUUCGUCAGCCUGCAGUGCCAGCAGGUGGUCCGGGUGGCGCUCAGCGCGGUGGACACCAUCUCGUGGGGCGAGUUCCAGUUCCCCCCCAAGUCGCUCAACAGGCGAGAAGGCCUGGGGAUCCGAAUCCAGUGGGACAAGCAGAGUCGGCCAUCGUUCAUCAACAGGUGGAACCCCUGGUCCACCAACGUGCCGUACACCACCUUCAUAGAGCACCCGAUGGCCGGCGUGGACGAGAAGACGGCCUCCCUGUGCCAGCUGGAGAGCUUCAAGACGCUGCUCAUCCAGGCCGUGAAGGAGGCGCAGAGGCAGAGCCCGGUGCCCGGCCAGGGCAGCGGCGUGCUGGUGCUGGAGCGGCCGCUGCUCAUCGAGACCUACGUGGGGCUCAUGUCCUUCAUCAACAACGAGGCCAAGCUGGGCUACUCCAUGAGCCGCGGCAAGAUCGGCUUCUAGGCGGCCGCUCCCGGGCUGGGGGGCACGCGGGGACCCCGCAGCCGCAGGGAUCUAAGCGGGUUAGAGUGAGUGGGGUCUGUGCGUUUAGUCCAUGUUGGACGCUCGGCAACAGGAGCUACAGCAAAAGCCAAGGACCAGGCUGUCUGUGCUGCUGGGCCCGCCCCGCCCCCACGCGGCAUGCUGCCCCCUGCGACCCCUGCCGCCCACGCCCGCCCACGCGCGCUUCAGCCCGGAGAGGAGCGGCCGCGCCUGCCCAGUGCCUGCAGUGCGAAUGUUUACAGUUGUGUCCGGUGUUGUAUUUUGGACUUCGUGCAUUUUGUGAGAGCUGAGCACAGAUGCGGCUGUGUCCCCGCCUCCCGGCUCCGCGGUGGGGACGCCGAAGUGCCCCGACAGCCGACAGCCGCAGGCCUCACAGGCACAGCUCUGUGCCGGCGUCUUGGUGGUGGUCUUGCUCAGCAGGGAGCCGGGCUUUGCUUUUCCAGAACGCUCUGUCCCUCAGGCCCUGGCACGGCCCCGCCCGCGGCUUGUGUGACCUCAGCGCCGGCCCCCAGCCUCCCCCGCUCCUCACGGUCUUGCGGCUUCACCCCGCACGCACGAGCCCAGCACGGGGGCCGCCGGAGGGCCCAGCCGGCGCUCACCGUCGUUCAGUAAAGAUGUUUGGAACCAAAUGGGCGCUGUUCCUUCUUUGACGUCACCGUCCGAGUGGCCGCGCUCCGCCCUGCACCAGCUGAACCCAGGGUGGGGUGUCCGGGGGUGCCCGGGGU